AAAACGAUACAUUAUCCAGCCCUACCGGCUAAAACUUUAUGUUCCAUUCCCUCAACGCAUUUACAAGGUGUUAGAAAUUACAUUGCAACCAUUCUUAAAAGUUAUCUCAGAGGUAUGAGCAUAAUUUCAUUAGGGUUAUUGUGUGCUGUUCAUAGGUCAGUUUUGUAUGUCAUGUUACGUGCUGUAUCGUCAAUUUGUUCUGUUGUUUUCCUUUACUCACUGUUGGCGACAUUCUGUUGCCAGUGUUUUUCAUUGUGAGGAUUUGUUCCUCCACUGGAGUAGUUCUUUCAUGGGUGUUAACUGUUGGAUCCACCCUAUUUUCUAUGGUGCUAACUAUUCAAGCCAC